AUGUCGUCCUUCUUCGAGCGCGUCAGGCAGUCGCUCGGGCACGGCGGCGACCGCGCGAGGGCGGCGCUGACCGCGGCCGCGCACGCGGUGGACGACACGAUCCGACGACGCGGGCUCAGACCCCUGAGCUUCGAAGAAGCGAUGACGCGCGUGGAGACUGCCGCGCGCGAGUGCCCGCCCGAGGAACGCCCCGCGAUGCUCCGACGCUGGCUCGCGGCGCUGCGCGCGCGCGAGCCCGCGGCCGCGUCGGACGGAGGUCGGUCGCCCUCCUCGCCGUCCACGCCUCCGUCCACGCCUCCCGCGACGGCGGCGGCCGGCGGCGGCGCGGACGUCGCGACGUCGCCGACGUCCGCGGGGGGCGAGUGGGCCUCGCUAUCGCUCGCCGCGGCGGAGCGGAGGGACGCCGCGCGCGCGGGCGGGGAGCAGGACGCCGCUCGGGUCGGGGGGCUCGUCGACCGCGCGGACGACCGGGUGUACGCGUCGACGUUCGACGACGACGGCGACGCCGCCGACGACGACGUCGACGACGACGACGGCGGCGGAGGCGAAAAAAAGACGCUUCGCGCCCAGCCGUUAAUCUUCCGCGACGUGCUGCUGCGGAGCCGCGCGCUCGAGUCCCUCGCGACGUCGUACGCGAUGCGGGCGCCCGCGGACGCGGUCGAGACGUCGUUGCUCACCGAGGUGUUCGCGUCGCUGUGCGCGGGCGGCGAGCGCGUCGCGGCGGCGCUCGCGAGAGGGGUGAUCGAGGCGCGUCCUGUCGCGUGCGCCGGUCCCCCCGCGACCGCGUUCGCGCCGCGCGCGCCGUUCCUUGAGGACAUGCCUUUUCUGACUUUUCUUCCCGCGCGCGCUUCGUUUCUCGAUUCGAUCCCGACGCACCGCGACGCCUCGCGACUCCAUCUGACGCGCCCCGAACUCCGCCGCCCCGACGCGACGUCGCUUCGCGCGGGAAAACCGCCCGCAGAUUUCAGCCGCGACGUCGAAGCACGCGGCGACGGUGCAGCUGAGCGCGCGGUGGACCUGACGCGCGAGCUCCACGCCGCCGCCGCCGCGCGCGUCGCGUCGCUUCGGCUUCGGUCGUCGCCGUCGCCGCCGUCGCCGCCGCCGUCGUCGUCGACCGCCGCCGCGGGUGAACCUUCGCCUUCCGACCACCAGACGACGACCGCCGUCGCGCUCGAGACUCUCCGCGACGCGCGCGAGACGCUCGCGAAGGCGACGACGGACGUCGACGCGCUGUCGAUAGACGCCGCCGCGCGCCUCGAGUCCGCGACGGCGUUCAGAGAGGUCAAGUCGAGAGAACUUCGCGCCGCGGAGGCGGCGGUGACGUCGGAGCUUCAGACGCUCGAGACGCGGAAAGCCGAGCUCGAGGCCGAGCUCGCGGUCGUGAGCGCGAAGGUCAACGAGACGUCCGCGCGCGCGUCGAUCACCACGGAGGAGCGCGCGGCGUUCGAGGCGAGCAACGACGCGAUUCGCUCCGCGCUCGCGGUGAAGGCGCGGGAUCUCGAGGCGAGAAGAGGCGAGUACGAGGCGGAAGCCGCCGUCGUCGCGGCGUGCGCGUCCACGCUGGACGCGGUCGCGAGGAUAGUAACGGGCGCUCUGAAGGCGUUACUUUCAGACGCGGAGGACGACGAAGCGUGCGCGAAGCGGAGGUUCUCGGACGCGGUGCGCGCGCACGUGGAUUCGCAGUGCGUCGCGAUGCGUCUGUGCUUGGAGCGCGUGACGUUUUGUUCGCGCGAGCUCCAAGAGAUUGCCGAGAAGAAGAACCGCGCGCGCGAGCUCGGGCUCGGCGCGGACGUCCAGUCCGAGUUUAUCGCCGCCGCGCGCGCGAUCGAGCGCACGUACGUCGAGGCCGAGGAAGCUUUGAAGUCGAUCGCGACGGAGGCGAUGAACUUGCGGCACCGCGCUGACGUCAUCGUUCCCGCGGCGACGAGAGGGGUAGCGGCGGCGGCGGCGCCGGGGGACGAGCCCGGGGCGUUGACGGAGCCGUUUGAGGCCGUGGACGCGCUGCGGGCGACGUUUGAAGCGCUCGCGCGGCCGACGUUCGCCGACGUCGGGGACGUGGACGUCGACGCGGAGGACGCGACCGACGGCGGCGAGGAAGAGGAAGAGGAAGAGGGCGGGGACGACGACGACGACGAGGAGGAGGACGCGACGGCGACGGCGGCGGCCGGCGUCGACGACGACGACGCAGAAUCUGAACCGACGCCGGAACCUGAAGCGACGCCGCCGCCGCCGCCGCCGCCGCUCGAACCCCCGCGCGAACCGACGGAAGAGCCCGAACCGGAACCGGAGACCCCGGACGAGCCGGAGGAAGAGGAACCCCCGGACGAGGUCCCGGAGGCGGAGGACCCGCGAGCCGAACCCGAGGAGCCGGACCAGCCCGAAAAAGAGACGCCGCCGCCGCCGGAAGAGACGGACGACAACGACGAAGACGACGACGACGACGACGACGACGACGACGACGACGACGACGACGACGAGUGGCCGACGACGGAGGAGGGUCUCACCGUGGACGACACCGAGACGUGGCCGGAGGCGUCCGCGGAGGAGAAGCGAGCGUGAGCGCGACCGAGAACACUGCCAGUGUGUACUUCUGACGAACGACGAAAUCAUCCCGACGACGACAGGAUGAAAAGUAAAAAAUGAAAACUCGAGUCUCGCGUC